AGCAACAAGAAGCACCUGCAUAAAAGAUGCCACAGAGAGUGAUCACCAGAAAACCUACUCAGAUCUUUAGAAGAAGAACAUCAGUAAGAAAGAUAGCACUCUUCACUGGUAAAAUCCAGAGGAGGACACAGCAAAGCAGAAUCAUUUGGAAAAGAUGAUACCAGAAACUUUGAAUCCACUGAACUACUUCACCAGCCUGGUACCAGACUUGAUGCCAGUUGCCACAGUGCCUAUCAUCAUUCUCAUCUGCUUUCUGUUUCUAAUAUGGAAUCAUGAAGAAACAUCAUCAAUACCAGGGCCAGGAUACUGCAUGGGAAUUGGGCCUCUCAUUUCACAUGGGAGAUUUCUCUGGAUGGGAGUAGGUAAUGCCUGCAACUACUACAACAAGACAUAUGGAGAAUUUGUGAGAGUUUGGAUCAGCGGUGAAGAAACAUUUAUAAUUAGCAAAUCCUCCAGCGUAUUUCACGUAAUGAAACACUGGAACUACGUUUCUCGAUUUGGGAGCAAGCUUGGAUUACAGUGCAUUGGCAUGUAUGAAAAUGGGAUUAUAUUUAAUAACAACCCAGCACACUGGAAGGAGAUCCGACCCUUCUUCACCAAAGCCCUGUCUGGUCCUGGUCUUGUGCGCAUGAUAGCCAUUUGUGUUGAAUCAACAAUUGUUCACCUGGACAAACUAGAAGAAGUGACCACUGAAGUAGGAAACGUCAAUGUGUUGAACCUCAUGAGACGGAUUAUGCUUGACACAUCUAACAAGCUCUUUCUAGGGGUCCCUUUGGAUGAAAGUGCCAUUGUACUUAAGAUUCAGAACUACUUUGAUGCUUGGCAAGCUCUUCUAUUAAAGCCCGACAUAUUUUUUAAGAUUUCUUGGCUUUGCAAGAAGUAUGAAGAGGCAGCCAAAGACUUGAAAGGAGCAAUGGAAAUCUUAAUAGAACAGAAACGACAAAAGCUUUCCACUGUUGAAAAGUUGGAUGAGCACAUGGAUUUUGCAUCUCAGCUGAUUUUUGCACAGAACAGAGGAGAUCUGACUGCUGAGAAUGUGAACCAGUGUGUGCUGGAGAUGAUGAUUGCUGCUCCUGAUACUCUGUCCGUGACACUCUUCAUUAUGCUAAUACUGAUUGCAGAGCACCCCACAGUGGAGGAGAAGAUGAUGGGAGAAAUUGAAACUGUUAUGGGUGACAGAGAGGUACAGAGUGAUGACAUGCCAAACCUCAAAAUUGUGGAGAAUUUUAUUUAUGAGAGCAUGAGAUACCAGCCAGUUGUGGACUUAAUCAUGAGAAAAGCUUUACAAGAUGAUGUAAUUGAUGGAUAUCCUGUGAAAAAGGGAACAAACAUUAUUCUCAACAUUGGACGCAUGCACAAGCUUGAAUUCUUCCCAAAACCGAAUGAGUUUUCUCUUGAAAACUUUGAGAAGAAUGUUCCAUCACGCUAUUUCCAGCCAUUUGGAUUUGGCCCUCGGGGCUGUGUAGGAAAGUUUAUUGCCAUGGUAAUGAUGAAAGCAAUUCUGGUGACUCUUCUGAGACGGUGCAGAGUACAGACAAUGAAAGGAAGAGGACUUAACAACAUCCAGAAAAACAAUGACUUAUCCAUGCACCCAAUAGAAAGGCAGCCUCUGCUGGAGAUGGUUUUUACACCAAGAAGCCCAAACAAGAAUCAGAGUGACUAAAGUGGAUCAGCAUUAACAUUACAGGGUGUUUGCAGUCACUUUAAGAAAUGCCCUUCAUUCCCAGGUAAAGAUAUAACAUAAAACAUUUUGUUGCAACUAAACCACUACACCAAACAUCCACCUGUCUGCCUGCACAACACAACAUGUUCUGGCCAUAAAUUCCAUUGCAAUGCAAUAAAACCAAAUUCUCAAAAUAGUCCUGUUGUCAGGUGAUGCCACACUAUACACAGGAUUCCUGACUACUUUUUAAACCAUCAAGUUCAGAUGAAGUUAUGCCUUGCUUUUCAUAUUUCACAGGGUCAGAGGUUUAAGGGUCAAAAUCACCUGCCUGUUGUGUGCUAAAUUCCAGGAGUCAUUUUUGGCUUCUCUUCUGUCCUCCCAGUCCCUCCAGUUGGACAUAGCAGUAUUUUGUGUGAAAGUUCUAAUCAUCUGUUUUCAAAAACAUCUGAAAAAUACUAAAUUGAACUUUAAGACCAUGAAAUGGUUUAAAACAGAGAAAGCUAUCAUGCUAAAAAAAAAAAUACACAUACUACCGUGACUACAGUAACCCUUUCCUCCAGGCUCAGCUUUGAACUUGGUCCUUUACAGGAGAACUAUGUAACUAUCUAAGAUCCUUGCCGAAAAUGGAAAAUAUAUGAAAAUCUGUAGAGUAUAGCUUGAUAUUUGUUGGCAUCUCUACUAGCCUAAUGAUGAGUUUCUUCUUUGGUCAAGAAGAGAAAUACUUUCUGGGUUUACUGUCAGCAUUCUUUGGCAAAGAUUUUCCAUUUUCAGUAAGCUUCAGUGUUCUUAUUGCAUAACCUAAAGAAAGAGGUUUUCAGGAUAAAGUGCCUUGAUAAAACUAACCAAGGAACAAAAGGUUUAUAUUCAACUUUUCCUCCAAAGUCAUUUAAACAAUUCUUUUUAUUACUAUUAUUUCUGUUUAUAGUUCAUGUACUUGUUUAGAAAACUUAAUUAUGUUAAUUAAUCUGGUCCCUUGGACCACUGCUCUCAGGUACAGGUCUGGCAGACAAAGAUUUAUUCAAGUAGCACACAAAAACUACUCACAACCAAUAAAUAAAUGUUUGUUUCAGUCAAGGGAAAGCAGUCUUGAAAGCAGAAUGAUUUAUUGUAGCUCUGUUACUUUUAUAGCUUCUCCAUAGGAUUGGCACAGUACCCAAAAGUGACACAGCAAAAGUGCAGUCUUACCACCUGUGAAUAUAGACAAAUCUGUAUUUGAAGAUGCAUAUAAGUAGAAUUUCCAAGUUUUUAGUCAUUAAGAGACAAAGUGGCAUGAACAUUUGGAAUAUCUCAUGUGACCUCAUUCUAUAUCCUUUGUAGCUUUUAAACCAAGAAAUUGGGUCAGUUGUGGAAAAGAAAAAGAUCCACUGAACCUUCUUUUGCUUGGGAAUAACCCAUAAUUUUACACGUUCUGCAUCUUCAUUAAUUUCACACAGAAACAUUUUGAACAGUGAUCAUUAACUCUAGUUUCUAUCUCAGUUACAGGUUCAGAAUAAAUUUAUUCUCCAGGAUGAAAAUAAGAAACUACUUUUAUUAAACUACCUUUAUCAUUAAAAUUUUAAAAUAAUUACAUUAAAUCAUGUAGAUAGUUGAAAAAUGCACUCAGCUCUGAUUCCGUUAAUAUAUACUGUUAAAUUUAAAGGCUGGAAUUUCAGACGCAUGAUUACUGUUGUUGUUCUAUGAAAGAAAAGCAGUUUCAUUUUUUACUUUUUGUCAGCAAAGCUGCAUAAUUAUUUUGAAUUGUAAUUUAGGUACAUUCUUUUUCAUAUGCUUUGCUAAUGGUGAUUAUGGUCCUCAAGUUUCUGUGGUCCUUAUUUUUGCCCAUAUUUUGACAAUGGACCUGUUAGUUAACCUGAGCUGCUAUCUAACCUGAGCCCAGUUCUCCAUAUCUCUUCUAUGGCUGUCAUACAGUGGUCUAUUUGCAUGAAUAUUUGCAUGAUGAGGCCUAUUUCACCACACGUGUUUGAGAACAGUAAUUGAUGAAACAGCAUUUCAAAGUUUACCAUGUGGAUAUAAACAAUUUAAAUCUUUUAAAUGUAUAUAUGCCGUUGUAUAUAACUAAUUUUAAAUGGUGUUUUAUUACCAGAUACUGUAAAAGUGUAGGUGACCUUUACAGCUGUAUCAAAUCUACAAUCAAGUGACUAUUCCAUUGAUGUUCAGUUUAUUAACAGAGAUCAAACCUGAAGACUGUUUAACACAUCACUGUGAUUAUGGGCUGCUCACAGCACAUAAAUGUAAUACAUUGUUAGAAAAUAAGUGAUCAUCAAAUAAAGUCAGUAUGCACGAAAA